GGUGUUGCUUUGAUAGGAGCACCUCUCGAGUGGGAAAGCUCCGGUCAGUACCCCGGUGUCCCCGGAGGGGCGCCCGGGGGUUACGGCUGCGAGCAGUGCGGGAAGACCCUCUCCACGGCCCGGAGCCUCAAGGCCCACGCGCGCGUCCACACGGGGGAGCGGCCCCACGUGUGCCCGCUGUGCGGCAAGUCGUUCCACCAGCCGGGCGCCCUCCGCCACCACCAGCGCGGCCACGGCGGCGACCGGCGCCACCUGUGCGCCCACUGCGGCAAGACCUUCGCCCGCGCCGACGUGUUCAACGCCCACCUGCAGACCCACUCGGGCAAGAAGCCCCACCGGUGCCCCGACUGCGGCAAGAGCUUCCUGCGGCCCGCCAACCUGCGGCGGCACCGGGCGGUGCACACGGGCGAGCGGGCCUUCCUGUGCACGCAGUGCGGCAAGGGCUUCAAGCAGGACAGCCACCUGCGCUCGCACCAGCGCUCGCACACGGACGAGCGGCCGCACGGCUGCCCGCAGUGCGGCAAGCGCUUCCGGCUGGCGGCCACGCUGCGGCAGCACGCGCUCAUCCACACGGGGGACAAGCCCCACCGCUGCCCGUACUGCGAGCGGCGCUUCCGCAGCGCGGGGCAGCUGCGGACGCACCAGGAGCGCGGCCACCCGCCCGACAGCCCGUACGGCUGCGGCCGCUGCGGCCUGGCGCUGGCCGACGCGCUGGCGCUGCAGAGCCACGAGGCGCUGCACGUCGAGGAGAAGCCCUACCAGUGCGUGCACUGCGAGAAGGCCUUCGGCCAGGCCAAGGCGCUGCGGCAGCACCAGCUGCUGCACUCGGGGGACCGGCGGUACCGCUGCGCGGCGUGCGACAAGGCCUUCACGCGGCUCGUCACGCUGCACACGCACCAGCGCAUCCACACGGGCGAGCGGCCCCACGCCUGCGCCUCGUGCGGCCAGACCUUCAUGUGGCUGGCGCAGCUGCAGAGCCACCAGAGGCUCCACGCCGGCGAGCGGCCGCACCGGUGCCCCCACUGCGACGAGGCCUUCGCGCGGCCCUCGGAGCUGCGGCUGCACGCGCUGCGGCACCCGGCGGCGACGCGGCACCCGUGCGCGCACUGCGGCAAGAACUUCGGCCACCUGGGGGCGCUGAGGACGCACGAACACACGCACGCCAUCGACAGGCCCUUUGCGUGCGACCAGUGCGGCAAGAGCUUCGCGUGGCGGUACCAGCUGCAGUCGCACCAGCGCGUGCACUCGGAGGUCCGGGUGAGGCACUGCCAGGAGUGCGGGGAGAGUGUCACCGAGUCGCGGCGCUCCAAGAAGCACGUCUGUGUCCACGCCGCUCGGUGACGAGGCACGCCGGUCGCCAAACACGGAAGACACCGGUUGAAGUGUGUGUGUGUGUGUGUGUGUGUGUGUGUGUGUGUGUGUGUGUGUGUGUGUGUGUGUGUGUGUGUGUGUGUGUGUGUGUGUGUGUGUGUGUUUGUUCUACAUGUCUGAAUAAAUCUCUUCUCUACGAUUG